AGGCAGCAAAACCCAACCCUAACCAUUUACUCUUCCCACAGGCCCUCAAACGCCGCGAGUAGAGCGAAGGGCCGCUCGGUGAGGGAGGACGCUUGACGUCGUUUUCUUCUCCCUCCGUCUCUCGGAGCAAAGCGAUCGAUUCUCUUCGUUGGACGCUGGUUUUCCUCCCUUCUUUUCCGUUUCUUUUGGGGGUUUGGCUGGGGUGUCUCGGCGUCCGCCGCCUUCUUCCUUUUCCAUGGCGACGACGAUCUUAUCCUUAUCGCGACAGUCAUUCCAGGUUCUUCGGAGGAUGCAAUCAAGGUACAGCCGACCCUCAUUUGUUCAUGAUGUUCUGUGGAAUAACAUGACCGUCAGUGGUAAGCUUCCUCCACUGUUGUCAAUCACACAUUCCAUCACAACACAAGAAUCUUCUCGACAAGAAAAUAUAAUCAAGGACUUGGAGCUCUUUAUAAAGAGUAAGAAGGAUAUUGAAGCAAUUUCAGUGAAGAAAAUUUGUACCGAGUAUAUUGAGAAACUUUGUAGAUCAGGCCAUUUGGCGGAUACUGCUCAUGUAUUUAGACAUCUACAUGGUGGAGACAUCAACCUGAGUCUGAAUACCUAUAACCUUCUUCUGGCAGGUGCAGUCGAAAUGAAUAAUUUCACUCUUUUCUCUGAGGUCUUCAAGAGUUUGCUAAUGUCUAAAUUGUCUCCUGAUAUUACAUCUUACAAAAAAGUUGCACAAACUCUUGAUAAGGUAUCCGACUCAAAUGUGAUAUGUGACUUUGUGAAAGAUGUAUCUAACAUAACAAGUUGCACAGAUUGUACUGUGAUAAACAGAAUCAUAUACGUGACUGCUAAAUUGGGGAUGAUUGAUAAAAGCUUGAUAAUAUUUGAAGUGUUGAAGAAUCUUCAUCUCGAAAUGGACACAGUCACAUUUAAUACAGUUUUAGAGAUAUUAGGUAAAGGAGGUAGGACAAGCGAGAUGCUAUCUGAGUUUCUGGUGAUGAAAGAUCUUGGACAUGUUCCUGAUAUUAUUACUUAUAGCACAUUGAUCAACAAUUUGCGUAGAUUUGGUAGGCUAGAUCUCUGCAAGACAAUUGCAAGCGAAAUAUCCGAGAAAGGAAUUCAGUUAGACUUGCUAACUUAUACUUCCCUAGUUGAUGCAUUUGGACGCUCAGGAAAGGUGGAAGAUGCAUUUUGGAUAUUUGAAGAGAUGAAGAAAUUUCAUAACCCAUCCAUAUAUGCCUAUCGUGCAAUUAUUAGCAACUUGAAAAAGAUGGGAAAAUUUGAACUAGCACUUCGUUUAUCUUCAGAAAUGAACUUGAGCACUACAAAACUUGCUGGUCCAGAAGAAUUUAAACAGAGAAGAAAGAACAGAUGGAAAUUACAGUAAGCUGGAUAAGAUGGCGCUGUGUUUUCCUCGUCAACUUUGCUGCUGCAGAAGUUAGACAUCUGAUAAAGAUUAAAGCUGCAACAAGAAAAUUCAAGAUCAAAGUUGAAAAACUUGAUUCACCAAGUACGACACGGAAGUUCUUGUAUCAGAAAAGGUGGAAAGGUUCUUUGGCAGGGAGCAUAAUGAAGUACACAAUAAGAACCCAUCCUGUUAUUUUGAAAAAGGUACAGAGUAUACUAAAAGCUGAUUUCAUUAAUAAGUACAUCUGGAAAAAAGCCUUUUGAUGGAUGGAGCGAUCUUUAGCUGUAUUGAUUGAGUUGGAGACUUUCUAGCUGUCUGGAUUGAGUACAUUGAUAAAUAUUAACAAAUUGUGGAAUGAACAAGUUUGUAUCUGAAUUGGGAUUGUGAAUUGGCAUUAAAGGUUUGGAGUGGAACCCCUCAUACCCUCUAGCCACUUGAUGGUUGGUUAUAAGCUGAUCCCGUGAUUUAUCUUUUUGGUAUGAGGGAUAUAUUGUCAUAGGUUUGUAAUACUCCAAGACCAUUAUGGAUUGCACCCUCUUCCAUAUUCAACAAAUAUACUUUGUAUUUUUUGUCACCUAGUUUUUCUCAUGCAUAUCAUUCUCCACUAUUUAUUCGGUUAUUGGUCCAAAGAAGAGCUAGAAUUCGGAAACUACGCCUUGAGGAUGGUGCGAGAAAGGUUGCUGAAGAGUUGGAGAAAUAUGAUCCAUCUAAAGAUCCAAAUGCUACGGGUGAUCCAUACAAGACGCUUUUUGUUGCCAGGCUUAACUAUGAGACAACUGAACACCGGAUCAAGCGGGAGUUUGAAACUUAUGGACCAAUUAAGAGGGUACGUUUGGUUACAGAUAAGGAAACAAAUAAACCAAGAGGAUAUGGCUUUGUUGAAUAUGUGCAUACACGUGACAUGAAAACUGCAUACAAGCAAGCUGAUGGAAAGAAGCUUGAUAACAGACGAGUUCUUGUGGAUGUUGAGCGGGGAAGAACUGUGCCAAAUUGGAGGCCUCGAAGGUUGGGUGGUGGACUUGGUACAACUAGGACUGGAGGUGAAGAAUUUACCCAGAAGCAUUCUGUCAGG